AUGAUUCCCAGACCGGAAGAGAAGGGGCUCCCGCCACAGCAGGCCCCCAGCCCAGCCCUGCCGGCCCAGGGAUCCCUGCCCCAGCAGCUGAGCCCGCCGGGCUUCCUGCCUCCCGCCUGGCGCCAGGAGCCCAGGAAGAGGAGCAGCCUUCUCAAGGAGCUGGGCGCCUUCCAUGUUGUCAUUGCCCUGCUGCACGUGUUCUUUGGGAGCUACCUGGUCUCUGCCGUGGAGAGUCUUCAUCUGGUGGUGCUCAAGUCUUGGUACCCAUUCUGGGGGGCUGCCUCUUUCCUUGUUUCAGGAAUCCUGGUGAUAACCGUGGAGAUGGUUUCGAAGACUUAUCUGAAGACACUUUGCCUGACAGCCCACGGCAUCAGCUUCUUCUGCGUGCCAGCAGGCCUCUUUGUCAUCGCCAAAGAUCUCUUUAUGGAGAGUCCAUUUGAUUUCCCCAUCUGGACACCAUACCCCAACAGCACAAUCCACAUCCAGAGACUGGAGCUAGCUCUGCUCUGUUUCACCUUCCUGGAGUUCUUCCUGCUCAUCUCCACGGCCAUUGCAGUCCGCAGAGAUGGCCGCCGGUCUGCAGAGGAAGAUGACUUGUCCCUUGUUCCGGACACAGUAUUGGGGUUCAGGGGGCCACCCAUGAGUCCUCCGCCAUCCUAUGAGGACGUGACUCUGGGCAACAUGUAAGACGAGCCGAAACAGAGUGUAUUAUUUUGGAGGGUACUUUGCAUCAGCAACAAACAGGAAGCCAGUCUCUUUGCAUAAGAAGAGGCAAAGCACCAAAGUCAUGGAAAUGCUGUGAAAAGAAGAGGACCUACCUUGCCACCCCACCGCCAGGAUCUCAGCGACCACUGCUCCGCCUCCUGCUCACUCUGCUCCAGCCACCCUGGCUUCCUGGAGGCGGCACAGACACCGCAGGCGCACCCCUGCUGCUGAGCCACCCCCUUGCCCUUCCUCUGCCUGGACUUUCUUCCCUGGAGAAUCACGGCCUUGCUCUGCCCAAGAAAGAUUGGGCUUCUGACUCUGGGCCACGGCUCGCGUCAUUUGCCCCUCCCAUCGAUCUGUGAUGUAGGCCCUGUUAAGAUCCCCAUCUCAUACAGGCUCAGAGAUGUUAAGCAAGCUUCCCCAAGGCACCCAGCAGAUGAGAGGCAGAGCCUGGCUUUGGACCCGAGCACGCUGGCUCCACACUGACAGGCUGCCUCCUGAUGGCGCCCAGACGGGGCGACAGGGUGGCCCUGCUCUCCGGGAGCUCUACUCUCACUGGUCAGAUGAGACGCCCGUAAGACGGCCACCACACAGUCCACAAAGCAAAGUCAGCCCUCAAAGUUCACGGGAACCCCGUCUUCCCAGAUGGGCCGUUUGCAACUGUCCGGGAUAGUGGUCCGUGAAACCCCAGUGUGUAGAGACGCCCUUGGGAUUCCUGAGCCUUGCCCUGAAAAGUCCCGGAAUUCAGGUUGUUUGAAUUCUGUCGUCACCUCCCUUGUUGCCACUCCUGGCUGUCACCUCUGGGUUCAGUUACUGACUGGCCUGGAGCCUCUUGUCUCUGCUUCUGUGGAUUACAGCUGGCUUUGGGGCAGAGUGUCAAGUGGAAGUCCUUGGGCUUGGCCGGAGCCUCAGAGAGCCCAGGGCCAUGCAGAUGUUUAGGGCAAAUGGUUAGGACAAAGAGCCUGGAGGAACAAAUCUUAAAGCUCGGCCAUCUGGAGACCCCGGGCUCAAAUUCCAGCUUGGGCGGUAACUUGCUCUGUGACCUUGACCCAGCCUCAGCCCCUCACAGGGCCUCAACAUGGAACGUUGUACUAGACUGGUGGUUUGCUUUGAUAAUCAAUCAAUGGAAAAGGUAGUACAGUGAUUAACCUGGAGCGUCAAGUUCCCACACUUCCUCUCUCUCCGGCUGUAUCCGUCUCAUGCACGCACGUCCACACACAGGCGCACUUGCAUCUCCCUGUGAGCUUUUGUACUGAACUAUCUGAGAGUAAGUUGCAGAUACCAUGGGGUGCCUGGGUGGCUCAGUCGGUUAAGCCUCCGGCUUCAGCUCA